UGAACCUCGAGUAUCAAACUAACAUCUACAAAGCUUUGAAGCAAAGGAGAUUUUACUUCAGACAAUUUAAAGUCAUUUGAGGGUAGAUUGGUUUUUCAAUCAUAACAACAUUAGGAUGAAGUUGAGAUAUUUCCAAAUAUCAAUUCUGCUUCAUUUAUUUUCCUUAUUAGCUUUCAGGGCAGUUCUGGCACAACAUGUCCCCUUGGCACCAGCUGUAGGUCUCAGACUUGUUGUUUGCAAUCUGACUUCAGUCUAAAAAUAAGACUGAACAAGCCGGCAGGCAGUCCUCCCCAGUGACUUAGCAAACAUUUGCCAUGUUGCCCACUCCAUGUUGAUCCAAGCCUUGGUAGCAAUACACGUUUUUUGAUUGAAGGAUGAACCCUGAUUUCCAUUUGGUCCAUCUUGGGUAAACUCUGACCUGCUGACAGAACAGCUUACAUUUCCAGUUUGGAAUAAGGCUGAUCAUGGUGCGCAAUGUGGAUGAUCUGGACUUCUGUCUGUCCUCCCAUCCCCAGAGCAUCCUGGAAGGCUUGCGUUCGCUCUGUUCACACCCCAAACUCGUGGAUGUGACACUAAGUGCGGGUGGUAGAGAUUUCCCUUGUCAUCGAGGGGUUCUGGCGCUCUGCAGCAUGUACUUCCGAUCUAUGUUCUCAGGGGACUUUGUGGAGAGCAUAACUGCUCGUGUGGAGCUCCAUGAUGUGGACCCCGACAUCCUCAGUUGCUUACUUGACUUUGCCUACACGGGAAAGCUGACAAUCAACCAGAGCAACGUGGAGGGCUUGAUCUGCAUGUCCAGCCAGCUGCAGUUCCAGACCGUGCGAGCUGUGUGCAGCAGAUACCUGCAGCACCAGAUUGAUGCAACCAACUGUCUGGGAAUCCUGGAGUUUGGGGAGAUUCACGGCUGUCCUGAGGUGGUGGCCAAAGCAUGGGCCUUCCUCCUAGAGAACUUUGAAGCUAUACAACAGAGCGAGGAGUUUCUGCUUUUGGGAAAAGAUCGCCUGAUUGCUUGCUUGUCUGAUGAAGGACUGAAAAUCCGUUCGGAGUGCACUCGUGUAGAAGCCAUCCUAAAAUGGGUCGGGCAUCAAAAGGAAUCGCGACUCUGCCACCUUCCCGAACUCUUUAACUUGUCACGUCUUUCUCUACUCAGCCUGAACUACCUGGCUGACACCCUGCUGAAGGACAGUGUGGUCCAGGCUUCUCCUAGCUGUAGGGAGGCAAUUGAAAUAGUUCGUGGAGAGAAGCAAGCUUUGACACCAGAAUAUUCUGAAAGACUAAACUCUCACAGUCCACAACCAAACCUGCAAGAAGUACUUUUUGUGAUGGGGGGUCGUUCACUGGAUGAUGAGGACGAAGAUGAUGACUCAGACCAGGAUGAAGACACAGAUCCAAGACUUCAAAGACUGCCCACCAAGAACUGUGCCUUCUACAACACAAAGACAAAAGAGUGGCAUGCGCUGCCUAACUUCCCUAAUCCCAACAAGUGGGGAUAUGCCAUGGUGUCCCUAAACAAUGAUGUUUAUGUUACAGGGGGCUCGCGAGGUUCAAACACCAACUCGUGGUCCACCACAGAGACCUGGAAGUACAUCACAAGAGAGGGAAGAUGGGUUACUGUGGCACCGAUGCUCCGGCCUCGAACUAACCACACAUCGGCAACACUUAAUGGCGAGCUUUAUGUAAUUGGAGGUACAACAUUGUCUCAGGUUGAGGUUGAGCAUUACGACCCCUACAGUAACACCUGGACAUUGACAUGUCCCGCUUUAAAAUAUGUGACUAACUUUACGGCCACAGCUUGUUUUGGAAAGCUUUAUGUGAUUGGAUCAUGUGCAGUAAAGUACAAUGCACUGACCAUGCAGUGUUACAAUCCUGUCAUAGAUGCCUGGAUCAGUAUAGGGUCUCCUUUCAUCCCAAAGUAUUUGUCCUCUCCUCGUUCAGUCUGUGUGGAUGGGAUUAUAUACCUGGUGGCUGAUAACACAAAGAAAGUGUACUCAUAUGACUCAGAGGCAAACAUGUGGCAAAAGGUCCAGCUUCUUCACAUGCUCCAUGAGAAUGGUGGCCUCGUAUCCCUGGAUGGAAAGCUGUAUGUCACGGGUGGCCACUGGAAAGGCAUGGAGGGAGACUACGGUGUGGAGGUGGAGGUUUACAACCGAGCGCUCAACACCUGGGAGGUGGAGGGCUUCCUUCCAAGACUUUGGUUCUACAGUGGAGUAUGCACGAUAUUCUUAGAGCCAUCCCAGUGGCCCGAGCUUCCACCCAUAGAGUUGACAUAAAUGGCAUCAAGGCCUGAAUUGCUUUAGUGUAGGGGUCAAAGGGUUCAAAGGGACAUAUCCCAAACGUCUACUGUUAGAGUUCAAAUAUUAUGUCAAUCCCAGGAUGUUGUUUGUGCCAAGAAUAGUGUGUUACAUUACCCCCGGUAUUCUUAAUGCAUUAAGAAUAAGUUGAGGGCACAACAGGUGUUCCUCUGGUGUCUGAGAGCUGAACUCUUAUUUUAUGAUGCCAGUGAAUGAUCUAAUUUUUGCAGAAAUUGUUUCAUGAAAACUGCUUUGAGCAUUAUUAUGAAUUAUCAUUACUCAUAUUUGUUGCUGCAAAUAAACUUAUUGCUGUAAAAAUAGUCUUAAUAUAAAUAUUUUCUCUAUAGUAAAUGUCUCAUUAAAGACAACUGCGCUGUAA